AGCUAGCAUUUACAGGAAAGAAAGCUAACCACCAUUAGUUAGGAUCACCAUUCUUAUAUUUUCUGUCUUAAUUUUAUUAUUAUUUUGUGGCUUUGCUUUGCUUUACACAAAGCUAACCCUCAAGCUAAGGUGUUGAGGUAAAAAGAACGACUUGUUUGGACUUCAGCUGGAACAUUUGACCAGGUAAAGGAGAUGGAUGAGGAGCUGGAGAGCUUCAUCAGAGAGCGCAAAGCGCGCAUGGCCGCGGAUAAAGCCAGUUUACAGCAAGACCCACCUUACAUGCAAAUAAAGGCUGAACCUCACAGAGCCUAUGGGUCCACUGUUAAAGAGAACAUCCCCCCCCAGUUUACAGCACAUGGAAAAGAUGAGAGUUGCAUUGUGGGUCUACCUCUGGGUGUGGAGUAUGAGAAGAAGAAACAGAGGCUGCAGCACCAGCUUCGUAUGGACUACAGGCGCUUCAUGUCUCAGAAGAACCACUUUGACCAUGAAGACCCUGGAGCUUUAAUUUUUUAUGACAACAGACGACCCAACAAGACCACAGCUACACUACAGCUCCCACUUGAAGACCAGGCGAGCGUUUUCCCCAAACAGACCAGAGGGCUGCGCCUCGCUGAGGUUAGCAGCUCCUCUCCCGAGGUGGACGGGGGGCCUGCAUCAGUACUUCCCAGGCAUCGUGAACGACGAGAGAUGCCGGUGGAGCAGAAUUCAGAGGAGGACGAGGAGAUGGAAAGCAGAAGGCGAAGCAAUCUGGGAACCAGUUAUGAGAGAAGUCAAUCCACUGGAAAUGAUGGCAGGGUAAAGAGGGAAAACGUCGUAGGUGUGGGCAGAGAAGGAAGGAGACCGAGAUCGCUGCGCAAACAUGAGGACACCGAGUUUGUCACUGGUCUGUUAAUAGGAGCGGCCGAUACAGACGAGGCUUUACAGCGGAGGAAGGAGCGUUACAGACACGAGCUGCAGGAGCAGAUAGCCGAGCAGCACCGUAACAAGAAGAGGGAAAAAGACUUGGAGCUGAAAGUUGCUGCAACAGGAGCAAAUGACCCCGAGAAACAGCCAGACCGGAUCAGACAGUUUGGACUGAACAGGCGGAGGGGUCCUCUGCUUCUAGAGCCUCUAGCAACAGGAGAGAGUGGAUCAUCAUCCAGAGCUGCACCCAGCAACAAGAAGAGGGAAAGAGAAAUGCCUCCUCCUGAGCAGCCUCAUGUUGCCUUCCAGUCCCCCCUGCUGGAGUACAGCUCCGCCCUCGGCCUGUCUCCCACCGGUCAGCCCUCUGCUCCGUCAUUCCCAAGCGCCAUGGACAUUCCCAGAAAUCCUGUGUAUCUUUCUCAUCCUCCUCCACUGAGUGAAGCUUGCAGAACCCCGUAUGGAGAACCCCAUCAGUACUACGGCACCAGAAACCUGCUGGACCCAAACAUGGCCUACUACAGUAACUUACCAGUUCCCAGUGCUGGGUACCCCAUGUCCUACUGGAGCGGACCACCAGGGGGAGCUGUGUCCAGCCAGUUUGGUGACCGUAGCCCUCACAGUCUGCACAGUGGCUGCAGCUUCCCUGAGCCUUCAAUGUAUUCCUGCCGUCCCAGCAAUGAGAGCGCCGCUGUGGAUUCUCAUGCCAGCGGCUUCCCUCCAGAGAGAUCCAGAUCAGCCAGAGACAGGAUUCUGAGCUACAGGGAGGCCCUGAAGCAACAGAUCCAGGAGCAACAAGAACGCAGGCGUCUGGAGCAGGAGGAGAGGGAGCGCUACGAGGCCCGGCUGGAGGCGGAGAUGAAGAACCACCAGCCAUGGGGGCGAGGUGGAGGAGGGGCCCCGCUGCGGGACAGCACUGGAAACCUCAUUGCUGAUCUCAAUCGGAUGCACAAGCUGAACGAGGAGGCCUACAGCAACCCGGAGCAGUGGCAGAGGAGAGCCAUGAUGGCCCGUCGAGCAGAGCAGCCCGACCCCAACGAGAGGGUCUCUGGUACUGUAGCAGAGUGCAGUAACCAUGACAAUAGUGACAGGUUGCCUGGCUUCACUCACGUCCACACCCCCCAGUUUGCUAGAGGCAACGUUUUCUCCAACCAGGCCACCGAGCAGCAGCUGCAGGAGCAGGACAAGUACAAAGCUUACCUCAAACAGCAGAUUGAAGAGAAAUUACGUAAAAAAGCAGAGGAGCGGGAACGAACCAGACAGGAGGAGGAGAAAGAGGAGAAGAGGCUGGCAGAGCAGAGGGCUCGCAUCCAGAGGGAGUACGAGGAAGAGCAGGAGAGGAGGAAACGCAAGGAACUGGAGCAAAAGGCCAAGAAUGAGGAGCUGAUUCAGCUGGCAGAGCAGAGGAAGAUGGGAGCAGAGAGGAAGAAGAAAGAGGAGGAGGAGAAGGAGAACGCAGCACUGAGGAGACAAUAUGAGAGAGAGAGGCAGACACGAGUGGAGGAGGUCUGCAGGGAGCCUUCACCUCCGAUCCCCACUCUGCAGAAGAAACAUGGGCAGCAGCAGAACCCCCCCAGACCCCCCACCGUCGACAGCCAGCACUCUGCUGCUCCUUUUUCUGAGCGCUCUCUGUCGGGUCUGGAGUCCCCUCCUGUCCCUGCCUGCAGGAACCAGCUCAGAGCUGCAGGUACUGGAAAGCUAAUGGUGGUCAGAGUGGAAACUUCUCCAGAUAAAGACAGUCUGACUGUGUUUUCAGGACACCGCCAUGACUUGUUCAGCGAGCUGUCAGCAUUACGGCAGCAGCUUCGUAGCGAACAGAAACGCCUGGAGAGUCGUCUGCAGCAGGAGGACUGGGAGGACCUGGAUUCUCCGACCAGCUUCAGACAUCGGGAGCGUCCCACUGUGGAUGUGUUUGACAUGGCCAGGCUCCGUCUCCAGGCUCCGGUCCGAAGACCGAACUCCAGAAACAUGGAGCCCAGAAACCUGCUGCGUAUCCACGACUCCCUUCAGCUCAAAUACAGAGAUGGAGAGUCCAGGCUGCAGGGAACAGGUCUGACCAGCAGGAGGAGCCGCAACUACAGAGAUUCUCACCACCAGUUCAGCAGCCAGAGAUCAACAGUCCAGGAUGAUUAUUUAGAUCUGUCCCCAUCUCAGCAAAAUGAUUAUCAGAGGAAUGCGAGGGGGGAAUCUGAAAGAGGUUUUCUGCUUGAGUCGGAGAGCGCUUUCAUUGACCCGCUUGGUGACGCCUCCCCAGUGCCGCAAGCUCCAGAACUCGAACGGAUCGGUAUGUCGGCCCGGGAGAGGAGGAGGCUGGCCAAGCAGUCGCAGCGCCCCCAGGAACGAGGCGCUUCCAGCCAGCGUCUCGGGCAUCAUGAAGAUUAUCCCGACCACUCAGGUAACCAACGGCAACGAGAAGCAGAGCCGGGCGGUGAGUGGAGGAGCCGGAACCGGACAGGACGUAUGAUGGCUCUCAGUCGUCGUGGCAACACAGCCGGACCGCUGGAUGUGUCUGAUGAGGACUCCUCCCCUCACAGUCUGAACCAUCAGAGCUCCAUGGAAACAGUCGCCACGGAUCCCUGGACGCGACCGGGAACGUCAGACACGCUGAAAUGUUUGGACCGACCUCUGAGGAGACACCGACCGACUACGUAGGAGGAGUGUGCCCUCAACUGAUCGAUCUUUGAACUGUGACAUCAUGGUUUUAAUUUAACAGCAUCACAGACAAACAAUAUUUAGGAAAAACUUGACCUCAGUGUUUUUUCCCACAGUGGGAACCGUCUUCCAGGCUUUUAAUAAUUGUAUUGAUUAAAUUAUGCUUUGAAUAAAUUAUAUUUUCAUAA